AUUUCUUGUUUAAAUUGACAUUUAUACGUUAAUGGCUACUACUUACUUUUUAUCAUCAUAUUGGUUAAAACAACAGUUCAUCAUUGUUGUCCUUCUCUUUGCCGUAAUAUCCAGCAUCAGUUCACCGGUGAACGGAUGUUUCACAUCGAUUUUCAGCUUCGGGGAUUCCAUGUCGGAUACCGGCAACUCAAUUGAGAUUUCAGUUUUGGAAACCGGCAAGCUUCCUCACGGUGCUUUUCCUCCAAAUGGCUGCACCUUCUUCCACCGUCCAACUGGCCGCUUUUGCGAUGGCCGCUUGGUUAUCGAUUUCCUUGCUGAAGCUUUGGGGAUUCCCUUUUUACGGCCAUCUUACACAACUAAAGUAGGGAGAUUACAGAAGUUCCAAAAGGGAAUGAAUUUUGCAGUGGCGGGUGCGACUGCACUGAAUUCAUCGUUUCUCCAAGAAAAUGGAAUCCAUAAUCGCUCCACCAACAUUUCUUUGGGAGAUGAAUUGAAUUCCUUCAAACAUUUAUUGCCAUCUCUUUGCUCAUCUUCUGCAGAUUGCAAAAAGCUCCUCCGGAAUUCCUUGAUUGUGAUGGGAGUGAUUGGGGGAAAUGAUUACAAUCAUGCAUUCAGGGAAAAAAACAAUGAAGCAGCUCGAAAAUUUGUUCCUCUUGUUGUUCAUACUAUAGCAUCAGCAAUCCAUGAGUUGAUUGAGUUAGGUGCAGUGACAUUUUUGGUCCCUGGAAACUUCCCAAUUGGAUGCUCCCCAGAUUUAUUGACAAAUUAUCAGGGCUCAAACAAGGAUAAAUAUGAUCCUUUAACUGGUUGUCUAACAUGGUUGAACCAGUUCUCUCAACACCACAACGAAUUGCUUCGAACAGAACUCGAAAAACUCCGAAACCGUCAUCCAGACAUCAACAUUGUUUAUGCUGAUUAUUACAACAUUGCAAUGCGUUUUUACCAUUCUCCAAAACAAUUUGGAUUUAAAGAAACUUUGAAGGCAUGCUGUGGAAUUGGAGGUCUUUACAAUUAUAAUUCGUCCAGAUCUUGUGGUUAUCCACCAUUAAAAAGCUCUUGCAAUGACCCUUCUUCGUAUAUAAGUUGGGAUGGCAUCCAUUAUACAGAAGCGGCCAACAAAUGGCUUGCUAAUGUUGUAUUUGAAGAUUUGAUGAAAUCCACAACCUGUGUCCCCUAUUAACUGUAAACCCCCAUUAACUUGUGUUCCCCAUCCAAAGUUCCUUCCAAAUCAAUAAAAGGAUCAAAUUGAUGCUUGCCACUAUCACACAAAGCUAAUCCUAA